GCAUUGGGGUCUCUCGGACUGCUGGCUGCAGUAACAGCUCCACCGCUUCUCACCAUGGCAAGCCCCACGGAUAAUAAUGAGGGCUUCUUCUCGGAUGUCAGAAAGGUGGGUUACUUGCGCAAACCUAAGAGCAUGCACAAACGUUUUUUCGUGCUGAGGGCAGCCAGCGAGUCUGGACCCGCCCGGCUGGAGUAUUACGAGAAUGAGAAGAAAUGGAGACACAAGUCAGGGGCCCCCAAGCGCUCCAUCCCACUGGAAAGCUGCUUUAACAUCAACAAACGCGCUGACUCCAAGAACAAGCACCUGGUGGCCCUCUACACCAAGGACGAGCACUUUGCCAUUGCAGCUGACAGUGAGCCUGAACAGGAGAGCUGGUACCAAGCGCUGCUGCAGUUGCACAACAGGGCCAAGGGCCACCACCACUUCCAUCAUCAUCACCACCACCACCACAGUGAUGUCACCUUUGGAGGCAGCAACUCUGGGCUGGGGGAAGCAGGUGAGGACACCUAUGGUGAGGUAGCCCCUGGCCCAGCUUUUAAGGAAGUUUGGCAAGUAAUUCUGAAGCCUAAGGGCCUAGGCCAGACAAAGAACCUGAUUGGCAUCUACCGCCUGUGCCUGACUAACAAGACCAUCAGCUUUGUGAAGCUGAAUUCGGAUGCGGCUGCUGUGGUGCUGCAGCUGCUCAAUAUCCGACGCUGUGGUCACUCUGAGAACUUCUUCUUUAUUGAGGUGGGACGCUCAGCCGUCACUGGGCCUGGUGAGUUCUGGAUGCAGGUGGAUGACUCUGUGGUGGCGCAGAACAUGCAUGAAACCAUCCUGGAGGCUAUGCGAGCCAUGAGUGAGGAGUUCCGGCCCCGCAGCAAGAGCCAGUCCUCCUCAAACUGUUCUAACCCCAUCUCUGUGCCCCUUCGCAGCAGGCACCAUGUCAACAACCCUCCACCCAGCCAAGUGGGGCUCAGCCGCCGGUCCAGAACUGAGAGUGUCACUGCCACCUCUCCUGCUGGGGGUGGAGGAACGGGUGGCAAACCUAGCUCAUUUCGGGUGCGAGCAUCGAGUGAUGGGGAAGGCACAAUGUCAAGGCCUGCCUCAGUGGAUGGUAGCCCAGUAAGUCCCAGUGCCAACCGGACCCAUUCACAUAGGCACCGGGGAAACUCCAGGCUCCAUCCUCCACUCAACCACAGCCGCUCCAUCCCUAUGCCCUCCUCACGCUGCUCUCCUUCAGCCACCAGCCCAGUUAGUCUGUCCUCCAGCAGCACAAGUGGCCAUGGUUCCACCUCAGACUGCCUGUUUCCACGAAGGUCCAGUGCAUCAGUUUCUGGCUCCCCUAGUGAUGGUGGAUUUAUUUCUUCUGAUGAGUAUGGUUCCAGCCCAUGUGACUUCCGUAGCUCUUUUCGCAGUGUGACUCCGGAUUCAUUGGGACACACCCCGCCAGCUCGGGGUGAUGAAGAGCUCAACUAUAUUUGCAUGGGGGGGAAGGCCACCUCCUCAUGCAGCAGCCUUGCUGCCCCCAAUGGCCACUUUAUCCCACGCACCUGCCACCCACCGCAGCAACCCCGCUACCCUAGUACACCAUGCUGCCCUCGAGGUGGUGGCGAGGAGGUGGCUGAUCUGGAGAAGGCAUUCAGGAAGAGGACUCACUCUGCAGGCACUUCACCCACCAUCUCCCACCAGAAGACACCCUCACAGUCUUCAGUGGCCUCCAUUGAGGAGUACACAGAGAUGUUGCCUUCUUAUCCCUGUAGCAGCAAUCGUCUGCCCUCCUACCGGCACUCAGCCUUUGUGCCCACACACUCCUACCCAGAGGAGUGUCUGGAGAUCCACCACCUGGACAGUGGUCAUCAUCGAACCAACUCUGCACCACACACAGAUGAUGGCUACAUGCCUAUGUCACCUGGUGUCGCCCCUGUGCCCAGUGGUGGGGAGCCCCCCAAGGGUGGUGACUACAUGCCCAUGAGCCCUAAGAGUGUGUCAGCCCCACAGCAGAUCAUCAACCCAGGCAGGGGCGGCCGCCACCCUCCAGCCACGGUGGACUCUAAUGGCUACAUGAUGAUGUCCCCCAGUGGCAGCUACUCCCCUGACAGUGGCUCAGCAGGCUAUGGCAAGAUCUGGACAAACGGCACUGGCCACCACCCCAAACUCUCAGUGGAGAGCAACGAAGGGAAGCUCCCGUGCACCGGCAGCGACUACAUAAACAUGUCCCCAGCCAGCGGUUCCACCACCAGCACCCCACCUGACUGUUACUUUGCGGGUGCAGGACAGCCAGGCGUUGAGGAGGCCACCACAGCCCACCACAAACCGAUCUACUCCUACUUCUCCCUGCCACGCUCCUUCAAGCACGUGCACCGGCGGGGCGGUGGAGGGCCACUGAUGGCGGCUGAGGAAGGCAGCCCUCAGCCCCGCAUGGUACUCGGAUCCAGCCGCCUUCUCUACGCUGCCGAGGACUCAUCCUCGUCCACCAGCAGCGACAGCCUGGGUGGUGGUGGUGGCAGUGGUGGUGGCACCGAGGUUGGCCCCCUGCCACAGUCGCAGCCCCCGCGCAGGGUCGACACGGCUGUGCAGACUAAGGGCCGGUUGGCACGACCGACGCGGCUGUCGCUGGGCGGCCCCAAGGCCAGCACCCUGCCCCGGGCCCGAGAGCAGCCCCCGCUCCUCUUGCCCCCGGAGCCCAAGAGUCCCGGCGAGUACAUCAACAUCGAGUUCAUCGCUGGCGAGAAGCCGGCCUUUCCCUCGGCCACCCUGGGGCUGGGCAGCGAGGCCGCCGAGGAGUACAUGAAUAUGGAGCUGGGUCCCCCGCGGGCCGUCGCCUCUGCGACACGGCCCGGCCGAAGUGCGGCCCCCAGUUCGCGGGACUACGUGGCGAUGCAGCUGGGGGCAGCUGGAGGCUCCUGCCUGGACUGUGCCGGUGGUGCUUCUCCCUGCUCGCCUGCCCUCCUGCUCGGCUAUGCCGACAAGCCCCCGCCGGCGGCGGCGGCCGCGACCACGGCGGUGGCUUCCCCGGAGAUUACGCGGCCGCCGGCCGAACUAUCAGCGGCCCCGCCGCGCUCCUCCUCCCUGUUGGGGGGCCCUGGCGCGGGCAGCGCCUUCACCCGCGUCAGUCUCAGCCCCGGCCGGAACCAGAGCGCUAAGGUGGUGCGGGCCGACCCUCAGGGCGGACGCCGCCGGCACAGUUCCGAAACCUUCUCGUCCACGCCGAGCUCCGCCCGUGGACCGGCAGCCGCCGGCGGCGGGGGGGCUGGGACUGCUUUGCCAUGCGGCGGCGCGGGGGGAGCCGAUGAGGUGAAGCGACACAGCUCGGCCUCCUUCGAGAACGUCUGGCUGCGGCCCGCUGCGGGGGAGGCGGCCCGGCGGGAGCAGCCCACCCUGGAGAACGGCCUGAACUACAUCGACCUGGACCUGGUGAAGGACUUCAGCCACCGCCGCUACCGCCAUCUCCACCCGCCCGCCGACACCGGCGGGAAGCAGCCAGUGAAGUCCCCGGGACAGGCCCGUGGGAACGGCCACGCCAGCGACGACCUGAGCGCCUACGCCAGCAUCAGCUUCCAGCAGCGGGAGGAGGUGUAG